AUUAAUAAUUUCAGCGGAGGGAGUGGAAGCGGCGCUGUGGAAAAUUUCUGAAAGCCAAGACUUUGUUUAUUUAAAAUCUUUAAAAAAAACACCUGAAAAAAAAAGAAAAAAUUUGAAUUUCUUUUUUUUCUUUUUUUAAUUGGCUCAUGAUAGGCCCCCGAUCUCCGUAGGCCCCUGGGCUUCAGCCCAGGUCAGCCCGUGCAUUAAGGCGGCCCUGCCUGCAGCCCCCGCUUUACUUUAAGUCAGCCAAUUCUUUCCAGAUCAAUCUCCCAUCCUUGUGUGGUUUCCUGUAGGUAACUGUAAUAAAGGAUCCAGAGAUCGACGACUUUGGCUUCAGCGUGUCCGACGGCUUCUUGGAGAAAGGAGUUUAUGUCAACAUGAUCAGACCUGACGGGCCAGCUGACCGAGCGGGCCUCCGACCCUACGACAGGAUCCUGCAGGUGAACCACGUGAGGACCAGGGACUUUGACUGCUGCCUGGCGGUGCCCCUGAUCACAGAGGCCGGGGACAGACUGGAGCUGGUCAUCAGUCGUAACCCACUGGCCAAUGACGACGACGACGCAGAGGACAAUAACAACACGUUUGACCAUCAUCUAGACCUGUAACACACAAACACAAACAGCAAAGACAGUCAGAUAGAUCUCUCCACAUACUGUACAGGCACAUGCACACACUCUGCCACACCGGCAGGGGAUGUACAAUAACUGGUGAUUAAGUUGCAACUGAAACUGGCCCAAACCCACACCCCACUCCACCGGCUUGCAAUAGUUCUACUGAAACACAGAGACUCCUUCAGGAACAAACUCACACUGUGAAUUGCAUGCUCACACAACCACCCCUUCCCAUUCACACCGGGUUGAACUGCUGUCAUACCAUAUUAUUCUCUAUGGAAGCACUGGGAUCUUGCAGAGAAACCACCAGGGACACUCUCAUUAAGGUUGGCUGGGGUUCAGCGUUGUUCCAACAUAAACAACCACUUCUCUGGCACUUUAACCAGCCAUUAACUGAUUUUGAAUCUUUAAAUAUUAUUUUUACUUAAAAAAAUCAUAAAAACCUGCAAUUUGGGUGAGGUAAUUCCAGCAGUUUUUAAUGCAAGGUUUAUAAAUAUCUAGUGCUCAAACUGCCUAGCUCAGUUGGCAGAUUAUAUUUGUUUUUAGAAAAGCAAUUACUACUCAUGAUUAAGAUUGAUCCAACAGUUUCUACAAUGUAGCCGUUGUGAGAGUCCAUAUUGCUUCUAAGAAUCUGCUCAAUUUUAAGAGUUAUUUUGUGGAAAAGUCAAGAUCUCAGCUGUCGCAUUGGAGUUUGAGUAUAUUAGAUACCUCUGCACAUAAUAUGGUCACGGUGAUAUAUAUUCAUGUGUGCAAUAGUUACAAGGUCAAGACACUGAUGUCUUCACAACUGCCAAUUUCCUUCUUUUUUUAUCCAAUCAUCUAAGGGAAAAGAAUAAAAGGGAUGGAUUUUUUUCUUGAUUGCUUCAACAUUUUCAACAAUGGGGCAGCUGUGCUCAUGGAAAUGCGUGGGAAAAUAUUUUUCUCUCUGCACCAUUUAUUAGAUUAUUGACCUUUUUUUUUUUUUUUCUAGAAGAGUUGCCAAUCUACAUUGCCAAAUCUUUCACGACAGUUGUCUUGGAGCACUGGGUUGGUAUCGCCUCAGCUUAUUGCUAAACUACAAAGUCAAAGAGCAGCUACCAUGUAUGCAAUUUAGAUAGCAUUGCUCAUGGUCAGGGGUCACAAUAAUCAGAGAAAAACACAUGUAUGUCAUUAAAGGGGCUCUGUGGAGCACUUUGAUGAGAAAUCUGGUACCUCUUUCAUUUUAAGACAUUGGUUUAAUGCCAUUAACAGUAUGGAGAACAAGUUACAGCAUCACUGUUGUUUACACUGUGAGCCAUAGGAGGGGGUUUCAGAGAUAAUAACAAAACAGAAAUAAAACUAUGUUCCUUAGCAACAAACAGAAAACAUGAUUUGAGUUGCAAGUAAACAAAAUGGUAGAAAAUGUAAAGGCCAGUGGGAAAAUAUGUACUUAAUUUAUCUUUAAGAAUACAGACAAACUAUUGGGUCAAUUUGUAAUUUCCCCUUACAUAUAUACACAUAUGACCAGGCACUCACUCAUACAUGUCUUAACAGCAGAUAACAUGAUUUUUUUAAAGACUUCACAUUUUCCCCUGCAUGGUUUGAUAUAGUGUUUAUGCUUUACAAGCUGAUGUCAUUUGAAUCCAGCAUGUACUGCUGCUUACAUAUGAAUGAUUGUAAAAAUUACAAGCAUAACAAAGAGUAUUUUCUGCUAUUUGGUUUAAAUUAUUAUUUAUCAAGAUUCUUAGAUAGGUAGAUGCUCCACUUGUGCUGCCUAUGUAACAGAUUAAGAGCUACAGUGUGAACAGCAAGCUAAUUUAAAAAUAAAUAAAUAAAUACCAAGUUGUGACAAAAAUGCGUCACUUAGCUACUUCAUAUGACAUCUGCAGUAUAGAUCAAACAUGAACAUUAACAUGUUACUGCUGUUUGACUUUGUAGGGAGAACGGACCUUUUUGUGGCCCAACUACCAUGAUCGGAGUAAACUGCAUCAUCUGCAUUGAGGUUGAAUUUAUUAUGAUGCUGAAGAGUGUGGGUGCUGUUUAGAUUUAAGUCACACACACUAACAAGCAUAUUGUCUUACUAAACAGUGCCCUUAUGCACAGAUAACACAAGGUAGUUUUGCUUGAUUGUCUUAUGUUUGUUCAUGUUUCUGUGUGUUUGGCUGUGACAAAUCCUGCAUCUCUGUUUCAAAUGUACAUGUGUAUGAGUUUGUCUGCACAUUUCUAUCUUACUGGGUAUAUCUGAACAUUUGGGAUGAAAUUUAGAUUGUAUUUUGCACUGUGACCUGGUAUUUUUCCCCCAUAUAUUAUAAGUGCGUUAGGAAAAGAUUGCAGCCAGUUUAAAUCAAAUAAAUGCAACUAAUGGUCCUUCAACAGAGUUUCAGAAUAGUAGGAGCAACACCUUACUCAAGUAUUGCCAUUGUAGUAAUUUAAUGAUGUCUUCAUUGUCAUUGAAAAAAAAGAUUACUGAAAUGUUUCCAUAUAUACAGUGUACUACAAUGAUCCUUUAGGUUCUAAUCAUUCCUGCUACUUUUAAAUAUUUCAGAUUUAUUUCAGAUGUAUUUCUUAUUUCAAUCAUGUUUGGCCCAUUAGUUUGGCAUUGCGUAUGGGAUCUACAAUACCCAUAAGAUGUGGCUGCUCUGCAGAUAAAGCAAGUAAUAGGUGCAAAUUCAAAAAAACAUUUAAAUCAGUACUGUUGAAAACAAAACACGGUAUCAUACUUAUUGAAUCCCUCUAAAAUGGAGAGAAAUAAAUAAAAAACAUGCACUUCCUCAAACUGUUAUGAGGAUUCAAAUGGAUCAGAAGAGCUCCAACUGUCAUUGUGCCUAAUAUAGCUCCAACACUGCUAGUUUAAUACAAUACCAAUAUGCCGAACUGAUACAAGCCUGAACCUUUUAAGACUUUUUCUUUAACCCUUUAAUCUUUCCUCAACACUUAUUUUUGUUCCGUUUGAUAACAGCGGGAUUCUUUCCACCUUCAUUCUCAUUCCUGUCUUCAUGUCUUCUCUUAUUUCUGCAAGAACUCACUCCACCCUUAUUAUCUGUGGAUUACAGAAGUGAGACUGGCUGUCACCCUACUACUGCACAUGGCAGAGUGUGUGUGUCAGAAGGAAACAGUGUACGGUAAUAUCUUUAUGUGUUCCUGUAUGUAAGCACAAUCGAGAGAACUAAUGUUGUGAGUGCACAAAAUGUUUGAGCGACAAUAAACACAACACAAAGACACACAGGAAUACUACAGUAAUCAGAGUGUGUGUUAAAGAGAGAAGAGACAGAGAAUAGCCUUUGCCCUCUGAAGGAUUGGACAUUUUUCAACAGGAACAAUCACAGCCUCUGUUCUCCCUCUCUUUUUUUGCAUGUCUCCCUCUAUGUUACAUAAUACUGUUAAAAUCAAGCUGCCCCUCCUUGAGAACAACAGUGUGUGUUGUGAGAAUGAUGUGUAUAUGACUUUAUUCAACCCAGUCUCACGGCAUUCCGUGUUAUAGUCACUAAAUGUAUUGAAUCUAUUGAUUUGUGUUCACCAAUACGAUUUUCGCAUUUUUUUCGUGUCACACAGAACGAUUGUAAAAGCAAUGUAUUUCUAUUGGUAGUAUGUUUCGUGCCUGCACCACGUAUAUUUGUCCGGUCGGGCCUUGGAAUACCAGAAGCUGUGUGGUUCCUAAAAACAUUUUCUUACUCAACAUCUUACC